AUGAAACCGACUUCCAAUUGUGUUUUCCGCAUCCAGGAACAUUUGUCAAAUAAUCUACACGGCACUAGCGAUAAUCUAUUUAAAAGUGGGAUUAACAAUAACGACAACAAAAUUAAUACAUGUGGUGAAGGUGAACGUGGUUUCUCGUGGUUUAUUGUGAGAACUUAUAUGUCGACACUCCUCACCAAUGAGUUAAAGAUGUCGGAGGGUGAUGAAGGAAUCGUUCGCAAUCGUGAUAAUUAA